AUGGAUCAACAAGCUGUGCCGGGUCGCGGCCGGUCCCCAUCUGCCGGCCAUCAGCAUCCGAAUAUAAGAAAUAGCCACUCGCCUUCGCCUCAUCCAUAUCAGUCACCGGAACCCAGUAUUGGUCUUGGACUCGGCUUGGAUAACUCCGUCAUAAACGUUCCACAGUUCACUCCAAACGACUUCAGCAACUUCAACCCCAGCAACAACGGUAGCAAUCAGUUCUUGGAUACCACCCGGGCGCAAGCAUACUCAAGCCAGGGUAUUCCCGACACGAGUUCCUUCAACGCGACACAGGGCUUCAACCAGUCCUUUGACGCGCAGAACCUCCUACCGAUAGCCCCCGAGUUCAAUAACAACGGGGACUUCUCUCUCUUUCCUCCGACUACCCAGGGAGAUCAAUUCGCUACCCCCCUCUUCAACAACGAUCCCGCGAUCGGCACACCAGAUCUCACCAGCAUGACUUCACCUCAGACACAUCACACACCGACGCCGCCGCACAUGCUUCAGUCGCAACCACACCAGAUGGGAUCGGCGCAUCAGUCGCCUUCAUUCAACCAACACCAGUUCCAAUCGAGUCCGCACUCGCGAAACGUCUCGGCUUCGCUCACGCCGGGCGCGGCAUUCAGCAUCACAGGACAGCAAGAUUGGACGCAGAUGCAAUUUCAGGGCCAUAGAAGGACACCAUCUGAAUACUCAGACGUAUCUUCUGCACAUCCCUCUCCCAGCUUGAUCGCGCAGGAAUCAUUUGAGCAGGCGCAUUCCGAACACGGUCAUUCGCCCAUGCAAAGGCCAGCAGAUAACUUCGAUUAUGGUGUUAGCUCUGGUCUGAACAACUUCAGCAUUUCCGAUCCUCACUUGGUCCAACAUGGCCGAAGUCCGUCGCAUAGUCCCGCUAUCUCUCCCCGCAUUAUGCCUCAGCAACUACCCGAUAUGGGCCAAUCACAAGGCUAUGCGCUUGCCCGUCCUGAACUCCACGGCUAUGUGAGCGCACCAGCGAUCGCAUACCCAACGAGCAGCUCCGAGGCGUUCCCUACGCUUCAAAGUGAUGGUAUGCCCGUCAUGGCCCCUCCUGCGAUCAACAUUGAUUUUGCCCCUAACUCAAGGCAAAACUCAUUUGAGCCUUCGAAACCGGCUUUGGACCAGGACUCCUUGACACCACCCGACAGAGGACGGCCAAGGUCUCGACAAAGAGCGGUUACGGACCCUUACAACAGUGGUGGGCCAAGUAUCUCUCGGCCCACGACACCUGGAAGCUUAUCUCCCCAUCUUGGUGUUGAGCGCGCGCGCAAUAGGUCAGGUUCUGACUCUUCGCGAUCGGUUUCGCCCGCCUCCCUUUCUCCGGGCGAUCGCUCGGGCAGUGCCAGUGCUGCUUCGAGGCGGCGGCAGUCAAUGUCUGCUGUUCCGAACAACGUAAUUGCAUUGAGGUUGGCAGAUCCGGAGUACCAAGCUGCUCAGGAUAGUGGAAACAGCAAGCGUGUGCAAAAGCAUCCAGCCACAUUCCAGUGUACAUUGUGCCCCAAGAGAUUUACGCGUGCAUACAACCUACGCUCUCAUUUACGAACCCACACAGAUGAGAGGCCAUUCGUAUGCACUGUCUGUGGAAAGGCGUUUGCGCGACAACACGACAGAAAGCGCCACGAAGGACUACACUCUGGAGAGAAGAAGUUUGUGUGCAAAGGUGAUCUUAAAGCCGGCGGACAAUGGGGUUGCGGCAGGCGGUUCGCUCGUGCAGACGCUCUCGGCAGACAUUUUCGGUCGGAAGCCGGUCGCAUUUGCAUAAAACCCCUCCUCGACGAGGAAAUGCUAGAAAGGCAGAGAGUCUGGCAUGAGCAGCGGAUGCAAAACAUGGCUCAGAAUAUGGCCGCGCAGCAAGCUGUCAUGGAUCCAAGCAUGUAUCAGCCAAUGGAUCCUAAUGGCGGUUUUACCCUUCCAGCUUCGCUACUAGCGCAAUAUCCUGCGCUCGCUCAGGUGAAUUGGCAAGCACAAGAUAUGGGUAACGUGGAAGACGAUAUUAGCGGCAGAUCUAGUUUUGAUGCCUCCGACUAUGAUGAAGGAGAUGACACCGGCUAUGUCAGUGCCCCGGGAACUGGUUUUGGCGAAGGCGGUUUACAGCAAAAUUUUGGAGAACAGGGUUACAUCAGUGACUAUGGUGGCAGGUAG